AAUACAGGUGCAUUUUAUUUUGAAACUGGUCCGGUACCAAGUAAAAUAUAUUAUUUUGCUGUGUAAUUUUAAUAUGUUUCUGAAAAUAAUAAAUACUUUAAAUUCAACCAGCAUUCGACGAAUUGCUUUGAGAAUUAAUAAUGUUCGUUCUUAUAUACCGGGAAUCAAACCGCAAAGGAUGAAUGAACAACUUUAUAUGAAAAGAGACAAAAUGUCGCAAGAUUAUACUAUAAUUUAUCGUGCUCCCAUGGAAAACUAUUUAGUAAUAUCAAAGAAUGUCACUACUAUAACAGCCACCCUUAUUUCAAUUUUAGCAGGUUACAAAUAUAUAUUAGGAGAGAAAAUGACUAAUAUAUCAAAAGAAGAACAGCUUGGUGAUUUAAUGAUAGGAGAUUCGGAUUUAAUAAUUUUUGCAGCCGGUUUUAUAUUAAUAACUAUAAUUUUAAGAGUUUUUAUAAGUAAAUACCCAUUAAGAAUUUACAGGAAAGGCGAUACAUAUGUUGCUGUAUUUCAAGGUCAACAACCAUUUCAAAAUCCAAAACUUCAUUUCAAUAAAGGCGAAGCGUCUGAAAGCAAACCAAAUUCAUUGAAUCCUUGGUCAGAAUCUAUGUAUCAAUUGAAAAAUAAAAAUGUAAUUUUAUUAACAGAAUAUUUUAAAACUCCAUCAGAGUUAACUGAUAUGAUGUUACCACCUGUUAAAAAAUCACUUUAAAAACAACCUUGUAUUUUAUUUUGUACUAUGUAUAUUUAUUAAAUAUUACACUUAAUUUUUUAAAUUAAAUAUACAAUUAUUAAUAGUG